CUCGGAAGGCAGCACCGCAGUGUCGUGGUCAAUGAAUAACGUCAGCUAAGGUAUCCGUAGCGCAUUUCGCCUCAACGUAUCCAUAUCCCGCCGCCCCGUCGCCGCUCUCAACAAGACGACGAGUCAACCCUCGGCGCAAACCAUGUCAUCUUCAUCACACCUGCACAUACGACGUCGAUAGUAACUGAAGAAGCCUUUUCUUUUCUAGUUUCUUUUCCCCUUUUCGGUCUCGUAAGGGGAAUUCCCCUCGGCAGAACCCUUUGUUACCAUCACCAACCCGACAUCAAGCAAGUCAUCUGCUCUGACGAAUAAGCGCUCCAGCCUACACCGCGCCUCCCCGGCUACCCCCAAGGCAUCAUGGCCUUACGCCCAGCAGCGCUGGCGCUGAGCGCGACCAGCCCACUGCUCCGAAGGGCAGCGAUGCAACCCGCGACGAUGCAAUCCAUCUUCCGGCUCGCGACCUCCUCCGCUCGUCCGACCGCCACCGCCCUCACUCGGACCCCCGGUCUGGGCCUCGCACUCCAGCUCCAGCAACAGCAACAUCAGUACAGACUCUUUGGAACCAACAAUGCCAUCUCGCGCAACCUCCUCGCCACAAGGGAGUCAGCAGCGAACAGGAACCCCGGCAGCGCGACCGCGCAGAACGCAUUCUACCAGCUCCUCCUCAAGGCCAACAUGCCCGCCAUCGUCAUCGAGCGCUAUAACUCUGGACGGUUCGCGAGAAACGAUGCGGUAGAUCAGGCAUACGCGCAGGCGAUUGGCAUGCAGAGCACCGGCGCCGUCGGCGGGAUGGGUGGUCACGACCACCUGCCCUCCGCCUUUGGCAAUGUCGGCACGCUCGGCGGUCAGGAGCUGAACCAGCAGUCCCCCGGGAACCUUAGCCAGGCGCAGCUCCAAGCUGUUGGUCAGGCUCUGGCUGCGAGGUCGCGCGAUUCGAACAUGGCUACCGCAAAGGUCCAGGGCAAUGGCCUACCGACUAGCCCGCUGCACGUCGUGGUAGACGAGUCAUUUGGCGGUGUCAUCUUCCGCUGGGUCAAGUUUGUCUUGUGGUUCUGUCUCUUCACGUAUCUCAGCUUGGUUGUCGUCACGAUGCUGGUCGAGGGUCUCAACCUCUUCAAGCGACCCGGCGGCAAAGUGGACAGCGAAGCCAAGGCCGAGAACCAGACCACCCGAUUCGCAGACGUACACGGCGCCGAUGAGGCCAAGGAUGAGCUCCAGGAGCUGGUCGACUUCCUCCGCAACCCUGAUAAGUUCUCCACCCUCGGCGGCAAGCUUCCCAAGGGUAUUCUGAUGGUUGGACCCCCUGGUACUGGUAAAACUCUCUUGGCUCGUGCCGUUGCCGGUGAGGCUGGCGUCCCCUUCUUCUACAUGUCUGGCAGUGAGUUCGAUGAGGUCUACGUCGGUGUCGGUGCCAAGCGUGUCCGCGAUCUCUUUGCGUCCGCUAAGUCCAAGUCUCCCGCCAUCAUCUUCAUCGACGAGCUCGACGCCAUUGGUGGACGACGCAACACUAGGGAUGCCGCCUACCACAAGCAGACGCUCAACCAGCUCUUGACGGAAUUGGACGGUUUCGAGCAGAACAGCGGUGUCGUCAUCAUCGCUGCUACCAACUUUCCGGAACUUCUCGACAAGGCUCUUACCCGACCUGGACGUUUUGACCGCCACGUUACCGUUCCCCUGCCUGAUGUCCGUGGCCGUAUUGAGAUCCUCAAGUACCACGCCAAGAAGAUCAAGGCCGCCCCCGAGAUCAACUUCGAGGCCAUUGCUUCCAGCACUGGCGGCCUCUCUGGUGCCGAGCUCGAGAACAUUGUCAACCAGGCUGCCGUCCGUGCCAGCAGGCUCAAGAAUGCUGCGGUCUCCAUGACGGAUUUCGAGUGGGCCAAGGACAAGGUCAUCAUGGGUGCCGAGAAGAAGAGCAUGGUCAUCAGCCAGAAGGAGAAGGAAAUGACAGCUUAUCACGAGGCCGGUCACGCUCUGGUGUCUUUCUACCACGAGAGCGGUCCCAACAAGCUUUACAAGGUCACCAUUCUGCCUCGCGGCCAGAGUCUUGGACACACUGCACAUCUUCCUGAGAUGGACAAGUACUCGUACACGACAAGGGACCUCAAGAGUCUGAUUGAGACCUCUCUGGGCGGAAAGCUUGCUGAAGAACUGGUCUAUGGCACCGACAAGGUGACUACCGGUGUCUCAAGCGUAAGUUCACCCCGCGAGAUUAAUUCGUAGGAUUGUCACUAACAGUAAGCAGGAUCUCAAGAACGCCACCAACCU